CCCUCUUCUCCCCCACAGCCAAAAUAAUAAAAUGCUGACUUCUCAAAGUGCCCAACAUCAGUAUGCCUGUCUCAGCAUAGCAGCCCCCAGGCCUGACAUACAGGAGAGAGAGAGGGAGAGAGAGAGAGAGAGAGGUAGGAAGAGAUAGAGAGAAAGAGAGAGAGGGGAGGGGGUAAGAAAAAAGAGAAACAACUUUCUCUGGUUUCUAACUGCAGGCUCUGCCUCGCCGAGGGGCUUCAGCACUGCGCUUCUGUGAAGUGCUCUCUCUUGCCCAGGGUGUGCAGCGGUGUGUAUGAGGGAGUGUGUGUGUAUGUGAGCCGGAGCUUCAGGAGCCAUGUCUGACCCCAGGGACAUUGAUGAGGAUGCCAUCCUCAAGGGCCUCAGCCCGGAGGAGCUGGACAAGCUGGAGGAUGAGCUGCAGGAGAUGGACCCAGAGAAUGCCAUGCUGCCUGCUGGCUUCCGGCAGCGUGACCAGACGAAGAAGGGCCCGACAGGUCCAUACGACCGUGACGCCCUGCAGCAGCACCUGGAGAAGGAGGCCCUGGAGCACGAGGACAGGGAGGACCUGGUGCCGUUCACUAAGGAGAAGAAAGGAAAAACCUUUGUGCCAAAGAAACCAGCAGAGAUCCCCGCACACGAGCAGGUGAUGCUGGAGCCGGAGCUGGAGGAGGCUCUGAAGAACGCCACUGAUGCAGAGAUGUGUGAUAUUGCAGCUAUCCUUGGGAUGUACACGCUGAUGAGCAACAAGCAGUACUACGACGCUCUGGGCACCACAGGCACCAUCGCCAACACAGAAGGCAUCAACAGUACAGUUAAGCCAAAUAAUUAUGCAAUCCAUUCAGAUCUUCCCCGAUGAGCAGCCCACACCACCAACGUGGAGGAAACCCUGGGGAUCCACAACAACGACAGCAGCCUGACUGAAGUCAACCUCAACAACAUCAAGGACAUUCCCAUCCCAACACUGAAGGAGAUCUUGAGCGACUGAAGGGGAACCUCUGCCGUGGAGUCUCUGAGCAUUGCUGCGACCCGAAGCAACGACCCUGUGGCUUUUGCGUGUGCUGAGAUGCUGCAGGAGAACACCAGCUUGCAGAGUCAUAUCGAGUCAAACUUCAUCACCGCAGACGGCAUGAUGGCGGUCAUCAAGGCUGUGGCCAAAAACGUCUCACUGGUGGAGCUCAAGAUUGAUAACCAGGUUUGAAAAGCUGGAGACUCAGUUGAGAUGGAGAUCGCCUCCAUGCUUGAGAACAACUCCAGCAUCAAAUUCGGCUACCACUUCACCCAGCAGGGUCCCCGCGCCAGAGCCGCCAUGGCCAUCACACGAAACAAUGACAUGAUUCGUCAGCAGAGACUAAGAUGAGAAGAACCUGGAGCAGACCGAAGAACAGCCUACAGACACACUGCCAUUGCGCCCGCAUCGGUGCAGCAGAGUCGACUGAUAACCCCAAAUGAAGCUGAAUCAUCGUGCAUGGUGCAAACCCCAAAUUAACAUCCAUGUCAGAUCAUUUCAUUUCAUUGACCACAUCCAGCUUUUUUGUAGACUGCUGAAUUAUCAUAAAGGCAUGUAUAGGGUCACAAGCAAAAAUGUGAAGUGUCUUUUUUUUUAUGCUUUUAGUUUGUGCGUCGCCCCAACAUCAUCCCCAAACCAAAAAAAAGUUAACCCUUUUCAUCCUGAGAUAAUCUUUCUAAUGUGGUGCUAUCUGUGGGAGGAAAACCAACUGUAAAUACUUUAAAUAAAAAGAUAUA